AUGCCGGCUCCUCAAUGUGGCCUGCCUCCUCUGACGACCAUGACCCUUCCUCCCCAGCGUCCUGCAACCGCCAUUCCUCCUUCGCCUACGUGCCGUACGCCUCUUCCAUGUCUGCUGCCGCCUUCGUUAACCCGGAGUCAUCAGCGGAGAGAUUCCUGGCCCCAGCUCCCCGACCCGCCCCAGCGAUGGCGAGGAGCUGAGGAAUCUAUGAGGGAUUGGCUGCAAGCCAGUAUCGAGGAGGACAGGAGAAGACAGGCAGAGGAGAGGACGAGGCAGGAGAGUCUACGCCUUGAGCAGAGAAAGGUCGAGAUGGACAUGCUGUGCACAUCUCUGCAAGGCGGUGUCCCGCCCGCCAUGAUUCCUCUUAUCUUCGUCCGCAUGGGUAGCGGAGGCGCGCGUCCACAGAUGACUGGGGCGCAGCAGCCCACGUCUGUCUCGCAGGCUUAUCAUUUCCAGCUUCUGUCUCCCCAACAUGCUCAUUCGAAAUACCAAAGGGAUAUACCACAGCCCACGCAAGCAGCAGCCCCGGCGUUGGCAUCACGUCCACAAAUAGAGCAUGUCCAAUCGUCCCAACAAGAGUCUCAAUCAAGUUCGUCGAUAACCUUUUAUACCUGGCAACCGCCAAUAUUGCAAGCCCGCAGCAACUCGAAUCGACCCAGAGCGCCUUCCGCUUUGACCAAGACCAAGAGACAGUGA